CUCCCUAACCCAGUCCUUCGUCAGCAGUUGCGAAGUGAAGAGCGUUCUAGGGAAAGCUGCCGAAUUUCUUCACUGGAAACCCCAUUUCGCUCUCUUCCAUGGUUCCUCCUUCGUUAUAGCGACGGUGGGUCAUCAUGGACUUCAGUUACCUACUGGAACUGGCCAAGGACAACGACCAGAACAACAAGAAAGAGAUUUCUAAAAGUAGGUUCUCCACGAAGGUCUCAGCGGCAAAGAAGCUCGACCGACCGUCCCCAAAGGUAGGGGCUAUUAAAGCACUGCUAGAAAAGAAGGAAGAGAAGAAACGGAAGGAAAAUGAGGAAUUCAAAAAGAAGAGAGAUAACUUGCUUGCUCUUCGGGCACAAGACAGAAAGGCCAACAAACGUGUUAAUGCUAUGAUUAACAGAACCAAAGGCGCUUGUAAAGCAGUGCUGGAUGAUGCAAAGGAUAUUACAACUGCCCGAGGGGAGGAGCAAUGCGAUGAGGAUGACUAUGGCUACGAGUCUGCUAUGAGCCAGCAGAUCUUCAGCAAACUGGCUGACCGUUAUGCCAACAUGCCAGAGGACGACAAGUUGAAGUUUGUUAAGAGAUCCAAAGGCAGCAUUGAUGAUUUAAAGAGUCGAGUCAUCAAUAGUCUUAAGAAAGAAGAGGAGGAGGAAAUGGGUCCAAGGAAAAGAAAAAGAAGACGCAAACAUGAUGACGAGGAUGGAUUUAUAAAUGAUGGAGAUGCAUAUGACGAUUUUCCUUCCACGUCAGAUUCUAAGAAGUCCAGCUUGAGUACAGGAGUGAAGGUUCCAACCAAUAUCAACUUGACAAACUACAAAAGUGAUAAAUACAACAAUUUCAAGUAUGAUAAGGAGAAAGAAAAAGAAAAAGAAAAGGAAAAGGAGAAGGAGAAGGAGAAAGAGAGACAUAAAAAGCACAAGGAAAAGAGCAAGGCCAAGGCAGCACCUCCCCCCAUGAGCUUUGAGGAGUUGCUAAAAGUGGCCCAGAAAAAACAGACUCCAGGAGGCAAAACAGAAGAAGAGGUCAAGAAAAAAGCUAAGGAGCAAGAGAAGAAGAAGGACAUUGAUCGGCCACUCACUGCCAAGGAGAAAGAGGAAUUAGAGGAAGAGAGAAGAAGAAAGUUACGAAGAAUGGGCAAGCUGCCUCCAGAGAAGAAGGAACCAGAGAAGUCCAAGGAGAAGGGACCGAAGACUGAGCCAGGUAGUCAGGAAGAGAAAGCAAAGAAGGAAGGCGACAAGAUGGGUGGGAAGAAUAAGCCUGCAAGCAAACUGCAACAGGCACUGGAGAAACCGAAACCUGAACCCAAAGUGAUUGACAGAAGUAAAUACUUUGCAGUUCCAGCAGCGGUCAAGCCACGAGAACCUCCUCAGAGCAGGGACUCAAGGCCUCCCCAAAAUAAUAAACAGAUGCCUUCCAAGUCCCAAGACAGCCGAGCAGUCUCAGCCAAUGAUGGAAGACCGCAAAAGAGCAGAGAGUUUCCUCCGAGAGACCUCAAGCCCCAAAAGUCCCGUGACUUUCCACCAAGAGACAAAGGACGCCCAUUCCCUCCCCCAGACUUGCAUCGACGACCGCCCCCUGGUCCAGCGCUCAAGAGAGGUCGGAUUGAAAGUGAUUCUGAAGAGGAGUAUGAUUCAGAAAUGGAUGAUUUCAUUGAUGACGGAGAAGAAGAAUUGGAUUACUCAAAUGAAAUCAAGAAGAUGUUUGGAUACGAUAAGAGCAGAUAUGCAGAUGAUGAAGAUGACUGUGAUGACAUGGAGGCUUCAUUCUCUCAGAUGCAGAAAGAGGAGCGCAUCUCUGCGAAAAUUGGUCUCAUGGAAGAUCUGGAGGAUAUGAAGAGAGAAGAGGAAGAGAAGAAAUUAAAAAUGAUCAGGAUGAAAAAGAUGAAGAAGGGUAGAUGAGGCCCAUGCAUGAAUGGAAACCCAGAGGCAAGAGAGAAGUUGAGAAGUAGAUGAAAAAAAAAAAAAAAAGUUCUUGAAUCCAUCUGUACAUAGUUUUUAUGAUACACCUGUGCCAGUAAUGAAUUUUAUAUGUAUAUAGUUGCCAUAGUCUAACUUCCCUCACCAGGAUAUACCAUACUGCCAGAGUGGAUCGUGGGACUCAAACACUGAUGAUGAAGUAUGGGCUGUUUUGUGGUCAAUAUCAGUGGCAUAUAUGUUUUGUUAUUAAGAUUUUUUUUCACAAUAUUUGAGUAUUAUUUUCUAAUAUCAUUGUCAUUAUUUUUACUAUACCAUUUUUGAGUUUAUCAUCAUCAGUUUUUUUUCUGUAGUAUUUUUUAUUUAUUCAUUAUAAUUUUUUCCAUUUAUUGUUGUUGUUAUUGCCAUUUCAUUAUUAUAUAUUUUUUUAUUCCUAUAGUUGUUAUAAAGAUUAGAUUUUGUAUUCAGAAAAUGUGUAUUAUACUAUGCUGAAUUUUGACCUUCAUUGAUACCUCCUCCCUUCCCUGUUCUGUAUGAAAUUGCAUUUUACUGAAUAGUAAAUACCGAUGAUUGAUGUACCAUAGUUCUUAGUUAUUAUAUGGAAUGUUUAGCAUAGUGUGAUAACAUUUGUUGAAAGCAGGCUAGAGAUGUACCUUGAGGAUAGGGGGAGAACUUGAGAUCCAGAUAAUCCACAUUUUUUCACACUAAUGGACGUGCUUCCAUUUUGUUAUUUUCAUUUUUAUUGAAUGAAUUAUUUCAGUGAUUUAGCACAAUCUGUUAAGGGGAUGGUGAAUAUUUGUUUAUUUUAUCUUUAUGUUGUGUUGAGUAUUUUUUAAUUGACAUACCUGGUUCUUUGUAAUAAAAAGGGGGUUGAAAAAAGGAAAAAACUAAUCCUAAGACAGUUAUAAGUUACUGCUUCCUCUCAUGAUAUCUGGGUUUGAUAGAUGGAGCCUGAAAAAUAUCCUAAACCCUGGCUAAGCUGGGAUUAAAAGUUUCCUAGAUAAGUUGUCAUACUCAUCCAAGAUGGGGGGAAAAUGACACUAAAUGAGAAUAAAAUGAGGUAUUUUACAUUGUUGCUGCAGCUGGUUGUGGCUUCGUGUUACGAGAUUUCCCUAAGAUCUGUUGCUUUCUUUUCUUGUAGUUGCUUUAUUAUUUCUGUAAGGAAUGAGUAACGGCAAAACAGACCACUUCUGUUUUGUAGAUAGUAUUGACCAUGUUAUACAGUGUAGGAUAGAGAUGCCAGAAAUGGGAGCUUUUAGUUAUUGGUUGGGUAUUGACAGGGUACAUCAUAAAGAACUGAACUUUAUCAUUUCUUUGUUGAAAGUUCCUUUUGUUAAUGUUGAUGGAGGAUGAAAAUUUACAAUGGAGAAUAUAUUUAUUGCUGAGAUUUAUAACCAUAAGUGCAUGUUAACUGGAAAGGAUGCAAAAUUUUGUAAUGACUUAUGUCAUCUGUGUUUCAGUUUAGUAAAGCACUGCAUUUUGAAGGAAAUUUAAUUUACUAGGGAGAGAGUGUAUUAUAGCAAACUCUUCCUUAUUUCAUGAACAUUUAAAAAAUCUUUUCCCAAGGGCCAAAAUUUAUCAUUCUUUCACUUGGGUUUACAUAUGAACCAAAAUAUUCUUUAUAUAUCGGAAUAUCUACAGAAUUUCAGAGUAGAAAAAACUGGUUUUUCUAACUGCACUGUAUAACUGGAGUAUAAUUUUAUACCUAUGAAUACUUUCUUAAUGGUGGUUUGACCCUUUUUUAUGAUAUAAAAAAUAAGACAAAUCAUUAGAAAAAAGGUAAUGUUGUGUUUGUGGUCUUUAUUCUUAUAAGUCUUCAUAUACUAUAUGUUAUGAGGGACAUGCACUUAACCUUAGUAGAGGUCUUGUAGUUACCUGUGCAAUUUAUUUUCUUUGUUUUGUACAUAUUUUUAUUGAUUUGUAUUUUGAUAAUCUUCUUUUUGUGCUUAUAGUAGUAUGUAGGAACUGUAUUAUGUUGCAUUAGAUGGGAAUCCUUUGUUGGCUCUUAUGUGAAAUUGAGAAGAAUAUGAGAGAAGGAAAAAAAAUCUAGAUAGCAGAUAUUCAUAGUGGACUGGGAAGUUAGUUAAUAAGUUUUUAGAUACUUAUUUUUCACCUUUUCCUUGUGGAGGGAUCAAACUUACAACCUGUUGUGGCUAUUGUGAUUACAUGAUAAUCAGUUUAUUAAAAGGAAGAAAACCAGGAUUUUUUAAAAAGUUUUGCUUCAGAUAUUGAGGAAAUAGGUGAUUGGAGUUCCAUUUUCUUCUUAACAGCUCUGAUCAGGUGGUUUAUUUAUUAUGUUUUCUGUGAAAACGUUAUUCUUUAUACUGCUCUCCAAGUGUACAAUAUGUCCAAAUGUUAUGUAUUAUUAUCAUUUAUUUAGAGAAAAAAUAUAAUGUGACUGUUGUUUAUUUAAGAUUUGAUUUGAGAGGUUUAUAUUUAACCAUUGGUAUGUUGAUUUGUGUUGAAUACAGCUAUAUGAGAAAGUUCUACAGCUUUACUGAGCUGAGAGCUUCGGAGAUGUAUAUUUUGGUGUAAACAGUAAUGAUUACGCCUUAGGAUCUGAAACAAUAUUAACCUGUAUAGACAUGCAUAUGGCCUUAAUGAAUUACAAAGAAUGUUUCUCAUGGAUUAACAAAAAAUGUUUGAAAUACAUGUAGCUAGUGAUAUAUAUAUAUAUAAAUGCAAGUCUUGCCAUGUAUUACUAAUGAGAUUUUGUAAACUGCAAGAACCUCAAUGUGUGCCUCAUGUGUGCCUCAAAGCAAGGCCAUGACUAAUAAAUCAGUAGACAGCAUUUAUUUUUUAUCAUUUUUGUUAUAUAACUUCCUAAACUUCCUUAUGAAACUCACAAAGUUUGUCAAGUAAAAAGGAUUUUUUUUUUUGUGCGUGUGUCUGGGUGUUUGUAUUGCCUCAAGCUUUUGCUCAGAUGUUCAGUGUUGGGUCUCUAAUGUUUUGAGUGAAUCGCAAAGUUCCUGCUUCAUAAUCUUUUUUUUUUUUCAUGUUCAGAAAUAAACCGUAUCACUUCA